CACUCAACGACUCACGGCUCCCAUCGUUCACUUAAAUGAGCCGGCUCUUUGAACCGGUUCGUUCACCACCUACUCAUCACUAGUAGGAGACAUACAAGAAACAUGGCGGCCCGCACACGGCUACCCUUGCUGUUCCCUAAAAGUCUGCCUCCUUUUAGAAACCAAAGGCUUGUCCAAACCGAGGCAGCUAUCAAGAAGCCCGCGUAUCCCCCCAUCAUCCCCUCUCUCACGGCUAAAAGCAAAUCCGCCCGGCAGCGCCAGGUUACGGAACAAGUAGAGAAGAUACGCGCCUCUCCUGUGGAGGAGAAGCUCUCCCUCAUCACUCGUAUCCAGCGGAUGAAAUAUGUGGUUUACCCUCAGACCUUCGCACGGAACGCGGACAGAUGGUACCAGCACUUUACCAAGACCGCAUAUAUCCCGGGCCUGCCCGAGAAAUUCACCCAAGGUCCGGAGAGGAGCGGGGCGGAGGAGAGCUCGCCGGCAGCCGCAGCUCAGACCACAGUGGAGGGCAUUGACAGUGAUGCGUUCGCGGACAUCCGCUCCUUGGUCAGUCGUGUGAUUUUACAGGAGUACUGGCACAUGAAGAAACGCAAACCUUUCCUGUACAGAAAACAGGAGCAGAUGGUUGCACCUUUGCUGAGAAACCUGGUGACUGGACUCACCUACGGUCUGGCCAAACACAAUCCACUCUUCCUCCACUCCAGUAUAGAUAUUAAUCCCCAGGUGAACUUUUAUUGGAGGAGAGGAGAGCGAAUCAUCCCAAAGGGGCACCGGAAAGGCCGGCUAGAGCCAACCAGGUUCCAGAUCGAUGACCACCCGAACUGUCAGAUCAGGAUAACUCAACAACUGCCACAGUUUACCCCGCUGGAGGCCUCCUAUUCAGCUGAAGUUCCAGAAAUCACAUUAUCUCCCAACGUGAUGCCUCUGUUCAGAAGACAAUAUGACAACAAUAUCUUUACAGGUGCCAAACUACCAGACCCCGCAUGCUACGGUCACACCCAGUUCCACAUGGUCCCUGACCGAUACCACAGAGACCGGAUGGCUCGGCAGCAACAGUCUGAUCAGGUGGAGGUCUUCCUCAGAGCCAAUGGACUUGCCAGCCUCUUUGCCUGGACGGGGGCUCAGGCCAUGUACCAGGGUUUCUGGAACCACGAGGAUGUCUCCAGGCCUUUUGUGUCCCAGGCUGUGAUCACAGACGGCCAGUUCUUCUCUUUCUUCUGCUACCAGCUCAACACCGUGGCCCUCUCUGUGCAGACAGACGCCAACAACCCCAGAAAAAACCUCCUGUGGGGCACAGAGAGCCUGCGACUGUACGACAGUGUGCAAGAUGGAGAGGUGGUGGGUCUAAAUGACGGCGUCAUCAAGCUUCUGGUUCAGUUCCUCAUGAACCAGCCAUAGAUUUCUUCAGGUUUCUGUCUUUUCCUCUUUGAAUAAAUGUCUUAGGGGAGAUGCUGGGAAUCAAGAGAAAGAGCUAGAGCCUAACAUGACCGGCACAAGGAAGCUUUUUCAGAUUGUAUAAAA